UGCCUUGUUCUUCUUAUUCUAUUCUCCCUCUGUCUAGCGGCCCCAUUCCCUCAAGACACCCCCCUUUACUAUAAAGAAGCCUCACUUUCCUUCCACAUACCACCCCUUCACCUCACCCCUCUCUCUCUCUCCCUCUCUCUAGUUCUUAGUUCUUGUUCCCUCUUGUUCUUGUUCUUCUUUGUUGUAGUCUUGUUACUCAUAUUCUUCACUUGGAUGGAUUAUAAUAAUUAAGAGCUGUACAUAAGUUAGUAGAAUUCAAGCUCAAUUGGGUUGAGUUUGAAUUUAGGCCAGGCUGAGUUUUUUUGUCUGUGAGGUGUUUUUCUUGAGAUGGAGAAGCUUAACUUUCUCAGGAACGGUGUGCUUAGAUUGCCUCCUGGGUUCCGCUUCCACCCCACAGACGAAGAGCUUGUUGUUCAGUACUUGAAGCGCAAGGUGCUUUCUUGCCCCUUGCCGGCUUCUAUCAUCCCUGAGGUUGAUGUUUGCAAGUCCGAUCCUUGGGAUUUGCCAGGUGGUUCGGAGCAAGAGAGGUAUUUUUUCAGCACCAGGGAGGUGAAGUACCCAAAUGGCAAUAGAUCAAACAGAGCAACUGGUUCCGGGUAUUGGAAGGCCACUGGACUAGACAAAAAGAUUGCGACUUGUAGGAGUAACCAAGUCGUGGGGAUGAAAAAGACUCUGGUUUUUUACAGAGGAAAACCUCCACAUGGGAUUAGAACUGAUUGGAUCAUGCACGAGUAUCGCCUUAUUAUAGAUCCUGAAACUACUGCCAGGACUACCCAGCAAGCAAACAACUCAACCCAUGAAAACUGGGUGCUCUGUCGCAUAUUUUUGAAGAAAAGAGGUACUAAAAAUGAAGAUGAGACCGCACAAUCCCACAAUGGUGACAUACCUCCGAGUGUGGCGAACAAUAUGCCUGUUUUCUAUGAUUUCCUGGCCAAGGACAAGACUGAUUUGAAUUUGGCCCCCGCUUCCUCGUCCUCGGGUUCGAGUGGAAUCACGGAGGUCUCUUGUAAUGAAAUAGAUGAUCACGAAGAAAGUAGUAGUUGCAAUAGUUUCACCACUUUUAGGAGAAAACCCUAAACCAUGGCCGCCUUAGUGCACUACAUCCUCAGUAGUAUGUUUGUAUUUGUAAAAUUGAGGCUUUCCAAAACCCCCUCCCCCCCAUCAGAAUAACCAUCUUGGAAAUCUGAUGUUUGGCCACUCAGUUUAGCUUCUGAGGUUGGAAAAAAAAAAAAUGACAGUAACUGUUACCAAGACAUUGGAGAGCAAAGGAUGUUAACUGAUGGAACUAUGUACUUGAGUCCCAAAGUUUCAGAAUUAUUGACAAUCUUUUACUUAGUUUUUUACUCAAAAACUGUUUUCAUAAAUCAAGUUAUGGUUCAUCACUGUUCUAUUCACCAUGCAAAGCUUUG